UUUUGAUGAAGUGUCAUGGAGGCUGUGAGCCACCAGCACUGCUGACGGUUUUCCGACUGUCUCAAUCCUCAUUUUAACCUCUCAAUCUCCCUGUCAGCUUCUCUGGUGUAAAGGUUGACAGCCAGUGAAAUCAUGGAGUCGAUGUUGAAUAAACUGAAGAGCACUGUGAAUAAAGUGACGGCCGAUGUUACCAGCGCCGUCAUGGGAAACCCGGUCACGCGAGAAUUCGAGGUGGGCAAACACAUCGCCAGUGGCGGUCCGGGGAUGAGCUGGAGGAUCUACAAUGGCACCAAGAAAUCUACAAAACAGGAAGUGGCCGUAUUUGUGUUUGACAAGAAGGUCAUUGAUCGCUAUCAGAAGUUUGAGAAGGACCAGAUCAUCGAUUCACUGAAGAAAGGAGUUCAACAGCUUACCAGAUUACGACAUCCACGUCUCCUGACAGUUCAGCACCCGCUGGAAGAGUCCAGAGACUGUCUGGCGUUCUGCACAGAGCCUGUGUUUGCCAGUCUAGCGAAUGUGCUCGGCCAGUGGGACAACCUGCCCAGUCCUGUUUCCACAGACAUCAAAGAGUACAAACUCUACGAUGUAGAGACCAAAUACGGCUUGCUGCAGGUCUCAGAGGGUUUGUCGUUUCUCCACAGUGGGGUUAAAAUGGUUCAUGGUAACUUGUGUUCAGAGAACAUCAUCCUGAAUAAGAGUGGAGCCUGGAAGAUCAUGGGCUUUGACUUCAGUAUCUCCUCCAGCAACCCGUCUGAUGCUGAGCCCAAGUAUGUGUGUAAAGAGUGGGACCCCAAUCUCCCGCCUCUUUGCCUCCCAAACCCAGAAUAUGUGGCUCCAGAAUACAUCCUGUCGGUUAGCUGUGAUUCAGCCUCUGACAUGUACUCACUGGGCGUCUUGAUCCACACUGUGUUUAAUGAAGGCAAACCUGUCUUUAAGGUCAACAAGCAGGACAUAUUCAAGAGCUUCAGUCGACAGCUGGACCAGUUGAGUCAUCUGAGUCCAGGAGUGUUGAGUCAGAUCCCAGAGGAGGUCAGACAACAUGUGAAGAUGCUGCUCAGUGUCACCUCUAACGUGCGUCCAGACGCAGACCAGAUGACAAAGAUUCCCUUCUUCGAUGACGUUGGAGCGAUGACUCUUCAGUACUUCGACUCGCUUUUCCAGCGGGACAACUUGCAGAAGUCUCAGUUCUUCAAAGGACUCCCGAAAGUGCUGCCCAAGUUGCCCAAGAGAGUCGUUGUGUAUAGAAUCCUUCCUGCCCUCACAUCUGAGUUUGUUAAUCCUGACAUGGUGCCGUUUGUCCUUCCAAAUGUGCUGCUCAUUGCUGAGGAGUGUACAAAAGAGGAGUAUGUGCGCCUCGUUCUCCCCGACCUCACCCCUGUUUUCAAAAUGCAGGAGCCAGUACAGAUCCUGCUGAUAUUUCUACAAAAAAUGGACUUGCUUUUGACCAAAACGCCUCCUGAAGACAUCAAGAACAGUGUCCUGCCAAUGGUGUACAGAGCAGUGGAGGCCCCUUCUGUUCAAAUACAGGAACUUUGUCUUAAUAUCAUUCCCACAUUUGCCAAUCUGAUUGAGUACCCAUCUAUGAAGAACUCUCUUAUUCCUCGUAUCAAAUCUACGUGUUUACAGACAUCCUCAUUGGCGGUGAGGGUGAACUCUUUGGUUUGCCUUGGGAAGAUCCUGGAGUAUCUGGAUAAAUGGUUUGUCAUUGAUGAAAUUCUACCAUUCCUGCAGCAGAUUCCAUCCAGAGAACCAGCUGUGCUCAUGGGCAUUCUGGGCAUCUACAAGUGCACUUUCACACAUAAGAAACUGGGCAUCCCAAAGGAGCACCUUGCUGGAAAGAGUUUACCUCAUCUGGUGUCACUUAGUAUUGAUAACAACCUUAACCUUAACCAGUUUAACUCUUUCAUGGCUGUGAUCAAGGACAUGUUGAGUCGCAUGGAGACUGAACACAAGACCAAACUGGAGCAGCUACACAUUAUGCAGGAACAGCAGAGGAGUUUAAAUAUUACAAACCCCAUGAACCAAUCAGAGGACACAAAAAGCACACCAAGCCAAGCCACGCAAGUCAGAGAUAUCGAUGACAUCUUUGGAGGCAGUUCAGCAAAUGCCGGCGUGAAUGGUAAAGAAAACGGUUCAUCCUCUGUCUCACAGCCUUCACGAGUGUCUCUCACAUUGGAAGAAAAGCAGCGAUUGGCUAAAGAACAGGAACAGGCUGCUAAACUAAGAAGUCAGCAGCCUUUGGCUCCACAGAGCAUCAAAUCAGCCACAACAACACUUCAGGCAAAAGAUCUAACCAGCAGUCUUCUGAACAACAUGACGUCCCUCAACAACAUGUCUUUAAACUCUGGCACCAGGACGAUCCCCAUGCAGGGCAACACCAUCUCCUCCACCUUCCCGGCAGCACCAACCAUGGGUGGAAUAAGUACCAUGAGCGUCAGCAAUGGCUUCAAUUCCCCUAUUGGUUUCCAGACGGGUGGAAUGGGGAUGGGGAUGAGAGCUCCCACACCUGCCCUCUAUGGCGGAAUGGCCACCACAACCAGUACUCCCAAUUUCAGCGCCCUUACUCAAAAUCAGAACCAAAACCAGCCCGGCAAACCCCCAGACAUGUCAGCACUAGACUCUCUUUUCGCUUCUAACAAACCAAAAGUCAGCCUGAACCAAAUGGCCCCUAAACCGGUCCCAGGAACCACUGCACCUUCUCCGUGGAUCAAUCAGUUUGGGUCAGGCCAACCGCCCCAAUCUGCACCUGUACAGUCAAAUCCGAUGGGAAUGACAGGAGUUCAGGGUGGUUUCGGGAUGCAAGCAAAUCCGUUCUUCAACCCUCAGAACUUCUCGCAACCUGCUGCCUCUUCCACAAUGAACACUGGGAUGAUGAAGCAAAGCGCAUCGGUCAACAAUGACCUUAAAGACCUUUUCGGAUAAAACGUAUGCCUUUUGGUUUACAUUUGUGUGCGAUUUUAAAAGUGAAAGAAAAUCAGCAGCGAAGAUGACAGCCGAUAUUUUGGUGGUUAACCAUGGGAUCUUUGAAGAACAGUGUUUAAAUAGGGUUUUCAGUCUUUUUUUUGCUUAUAACAAUGGUUUGCCGCCUUCAAACAUUCAACUUAUGUGUGAAUCAAAAUCAGCCAACACAAAACAAACCUUCACAUUUCUAUUGAAAGCUUGGGCUUUUCUCCAGAAAGCAGCUUCAGUCAGUUGUUGUUGUUCGUUUUCUGUAUCAUUUGACGCAGAAAGAUUCACUUGAAAAAGGGGUGAAAGAGUUGAGGCAUCUAUUGAAGCUCAGUAUCUGGUUUCACUUUCUUUUCACUUGAGCCUCUCAUUCACAUCAUGCCUGAAUAAGCCACCUUUCUGUACCAGAACAAAUGGCAUUGAUGGCUAGAUUUGGCUAUGGAUUUGCUGAUAGAGUCUCACAAAACAAAAGUGUUGACUUUUAGAUAUUAAAGGAAACACUUUACUUUUUAGUUUUACCAUUUUAUUGAUGCAUUUAUACAAACUCCCAAGUCUGGCGGGAGCACUUUUAGCUUAGCUUAGCAUGGAUAAUUGAAUCAGAUUAGACCAUUAGCAUCUCACUCAAAAAUGGCCAAUGAGUUUUGAUAAUUAUCCUAUUUAAAACUUGACUCUUUAGUAGCUAUAUUGUUUACUAAGACCGAUGGAAAAUGAAAAGUUGCUGUUGAUAUGGUUGAAUGAGAGUAUAGUUUAUAGCCACAUCAGCCUAGAAAAUAACAACUUCAAAAAUGGCAACUUUUCAUUUUCAAAUUUUCCAAAUUACUGAAAAUCUUUGGUCAGUUUUGAGCGAGAUUUACAGUUUAAUCAGAUUCCUACGCUAAGCUGAAAGUGCUCCGGCCGGGGAUCGACAGAAUAGGAUCAAAACUGGUAAAACUCAACUUCGAGUUGUAAAAUAAGCCUAUUUCCAAAAAAGUGUAAUGUUCCUUAAAGUCAUAGAUUUCAAACUCGAUUACUGGAGGGCCGCAGCUCUGCUGUUUUGCACCAAACCUAAUCAAACACAGCUGAUGCAACUAAUCAAGGUAUUCAAGACAAUUAUUUGGGUCAGCUGUGUUUGAUUAGGGUUGAAGCAAAACUGUGCAGAGAUGCGGCUCUCCAGGAAUCGAGUUUGAGAUCUAUGCUUUAAGUGAUAAGCAAAUGGAAAUGCAUUGCACAUAGUCGGGGCCUGAAUGAGUCUUUUUAUAAUGUGUUCUUUGUGUAUAUACUCUGUAUCUGGUGAUUUGUUGCUUUUUGUUGAGUUUUAUACUGAUACAUGAUCCACUGAGGUGAAACUUCUUAAAUAAGGACACUGUAAUACUGUAGGUGCACUAAAUGUAAUAGAGCUAAAAAAAAAACGUAUAGGGUUUGAGAUGUUUUGGGAUAUUGUCAGUACUUUAAAGUGAGUUUGUUUGUCUUUGUUAUGGCUUCCGUAAGACAGAAUUCGAGAGCUUCCUUUAUGAAACACUUGCUGAAUUAAUGUCUGUUUGAAACUUCUUAGAUGAAUCACAUGAGAAUGGUUAUGUUUCAAUCCAAAAUCAAAACACCACGUCAGGUUUGCUUAUUUGUGAAAACUGCAAGUAAAAUUUUCUCAUGACAAUAUAUUUUAUGUACAUCAGUUUUCAGUGGUAUUUGAUAUCAUAUUUUUUCAUGUUACAGUAGUAACUGUGGAAUUAAUAAGAAUUGUGGUGAUGAGAAACCUAUUUUUAUAAUGCUAAUAAUUAUAUUUCUUUUUCACAUUUCAGCAAUGAGAAAUAUGUAUUUUUUCCAUUAUGGUAAUGAUAUCCUUCUUUAGCAUUUUAAUAAUGAGAUAAAUCGAGAGUUCUCAAAUUUGGUCCGGGAGAUCCGGUGUCCUGCAGAUUUGAGCUCCAACUUGCUUCAACACACCUGGUAGUAUGUUUUCUAGAAUGCUUAGUAUGAGCUUGAUUAGCUAGCCCAGUGUCUGAUUGGGAUUGGAGCUAAAUCAUCAGGACACCUGACUUCCACGACCGAGAUUGAGAAUCCCUAAGAUAAAUGAUCAAUUUUUCUUUGUUUUUUUGUGUCACAUUGCUGGAAUUUUUUUAUUGCAUUUUAGUAAUGAUAUAGCAUUAUUUAUUUUCUUUUUGCUCCAAGAAAAAUUGUUAAGAUAUAAUGACCAAGUUAGUUUUUUCCACAUUGGACGUUUAAGCAGUGAAAUGUUCACAUUACUCCACAGGUGUCAAAUCCAGUUUCUGGAGAGCCACAGCUCUGCACAGUUUAGCUUAAACCCUAAUUAAACACAUCUGACCAAACUAAUUGAGUUGUUCAGGCUUGUUUUAAACCUACAGCUAAGUGUGUUGAAGCAGGGUUGGAACUAAAGCAGGGCUGCGGCCCUCCAGGAACUGGAUUUGACACCUGUGCAUAACAGUAAUGAUCUGCUAUUGUUUCAGGAAGUAUCAUAAAUGGCUUUUUAAAAAAGGUUACAAAUAGGCAUCUAAUGCAAAAUAAAUGUUCUGCAUAUUUUGAUUUUGGCUUGAAAUAUGAUUUUUCCUGUGGAAUUGCUGGAAAAUGGUAAACCGUUGCACAAAUUGAUUGCAGCAGCUUAUUUACCGCCAAUGUUUAAGAUAGAAGAGCAUGUUUCAUCAAUGAAGCUUGAUGUGUUUGUUUCCCUUUCAGUUCUCUGCUGUUACUUACUGCCCUGUCUUUAAGUAAUCCGUAUUAAUGUUGCGUUUCUUAAGGAAGUUAGUUACUGAUCAUUUCAUGUCGAUACAUUCAGUCCACUUUUCUGAAUGGGUGGGGGGGGGCAGUUUCCAGUUGUGAAUCGUGACCAAUUAAAUUCCAUAUCAUGUUAUUUUGUAUCAUGACCAAACAAAAUGCUGCAACAUGCACAGCAUAUCACCAAAAUGUGUAUUAUUUCUGGAAAAAAUGAUGUGUACAGUAUAUAGAGAGGAACUGCCACUUUAUUUUUUUCUCUCGUUAUUUUGUUUUUAUCAAUAAUUGCGAGUGAAUCACUUUCCUGAGGAGAUUUUUUUAAUAUCCAGACAGGUUUUACUCAAAGGGAAUGAGAGGCCUUAUGUUGAGAGUUGUGCAAUAACAGGUCUGUGUUGGAGAUUGUAUAAAUCAAUCACUUUUCUGUACGAGUGUUUCUGUACAUGCAGUUUUCAGAUUAAUCAUUGUAGAUAAAACAUCUGGAUUGUUUUAAUUUAAAGAAUGUGAAUUGGAUUGUUGGAUAAAUGGUGAUUUUUUUUUUUUUUUGGAAUCAAAUAAAUUGAUUAUUAAAGGGUAA